AUGGCCUGCCGGGACCACCUUCAACCCAAUGGCUUGGCUUGGGCCUUGCAACUGACCAUGGCAUGGAUCCUACUGGAGGUCUGUGCAGGAAGCCACCCACUCCAUGCUAGGUCCCGGGGACACCAUGGGCUGGAAGCUGAUCUGGGCACAAGCCAGCUGCACCUGGCAGGAUCUUGUUGUCCUUCAGAAAUGGACACGCCAGAGACCCCAGGCCCUGGGAUCUUUCCAGAGCGCUGUGGGGCUUCGAGCCCCGGGUGUGAAUCCUUCCUGGGACACCUCCAACUUGCCCUCCGCAGUCGCUUCCGUCUGCUGCUAUUGGGGGUUCGCCAGGCGCAGCCGCUGUGCGCGGAGCUCUGCCAGGCCUGGUUUGCCGCCUGCGAAAAUGAUGUCACCUGCGGCCCGACUUGGCUCCCGAUCCCAGAAAAAAGAAGCUGUGAACCCAGCUGCCGUACCUAUGGGCAGACCUUCACUGACGGGGCGAACCUUUGUCGCUCGGUUCUGGACCACACCCUACCAGUGGCCGGUCCUGGCACCCGUCACUGCCUCAACAUUUCCACCUCGGCCCUGCCGCGUCCCAGACGCCGACGGCGGGCCCAGGAAACUACCUCCCGGCGCUCCCGGCGUUCUCCCACUUCAAUCCUGGACGCGGCGGGCAGCGGGAGCGGCAGUGGAAGCGGCAGCGGCCCCUAG